AGAGAGAGAGAGAGGGGGGAGAAUGCAGCCUCUGUCUCUGGUCUCCUUCCGUUUUGUAGGAUCAGUCUGCCUCUGCUCGUUUCGUCCCUUAAAGAAAUGAUGGCCACUGCCGCGUUACUCCCUCCAUCCAUUUCGCCGACCCAUCGCGGAUGUUCGGACGGCUGUUGAAAAAUCGACACCCUACGUUUCAGAUAUGGCCCAUAUCGGGGCGGUGUGACACAAGGAACGGUACCAAGUGGAUGAUCUAAGCGCACGUUUAGGGAGGACCGGGGGGUCGCGGAGGAGGAGGAGAGCGGAGACUAUUGUGCUCCCAGGUUCGGCGGAGAGAGAGAGAGAGAGAGAGAGAGAGAGAGAGAGAGAGAGAGAGAGAGAGAGAGAGAGAGAGAGAGAGAGAAGAGAAUCGCUCGAUGGUCUGAUGGCGCAGAAAAAUCGCCAUUGUCUGGAUGUGCAAAUCUCCGGCGAGCCCUGAGAACAGAAGCCCGAUCUACUCCCUUCAAUUGAACAACAGUAGAGAUACCAUGAUCUCAUCGGUGCCUUGCGUUUUAUAUCUGCUGUGCUGUAUCCAGACCAUUGUGUCCUUCCAGGUGUCAGUUAAAGACGAGGACUGGAUCGUAGCGACUCUGGAGCCAUCUGACCUGCGGGAGAACGUGACGGGGUAUGCUGCCCGGGUGAUGGGCGAGCCCCGAACCCACCUGCUGCCGUUCCUAAACCUGACAGACCCCACCGCGACCCCGCUGGUCUUUAACUCCUCCCACCACGGACUCUGCUACACCGUUAGCCUGCUGCUCAGACAGGGGAAGACCUGGUCCAAGUCCGUCCAGACUGUAUCUGUUCUCACCAAGCCGCGUCCGGUGGACAGUGUGGCGAUCACAGACUACCGAGAGGCUCCAGAGACAGGCGUGGUGUUUGAGAUCAGCUCCCCAGAGAACAACGUCUUCAGUCGGGUUAACAUCAGCUACGCGGAGGGUCGGGAGCAGAGAUCCAUGCUCUAUAAAGAUUUCUAUAAAGGAAAGACGGUGUUUAAGCACUGGCUUCCUGGGACGUGUUACAGCAACAUCUCCUUCCAGCUGAUCUCUGAAGCUACAGUCAACAGAACCACACUGGUCCGACGCAGCGACCUGACCCAUGAACCCCGGCAACACAGGACAGUGCCGAACCCCCCCCUCAACAUCUCCCACAAGAUCGUCCCACUCAGCCAGAGGACGCUACGAGGAGGGGUCCCUAGAUCCGAGCUGGCCCAGGACACGCCCCGACGGGCGCGGGAUGUCCCCCUCGUAGAGGAACAGGAAUUACAGGAGAACCAAGAGAUACAGGAAGUGAUCUCAGAGGAAGUGGUGGGCGGAACCACCCGGGUCUCCGACAGCUCUACGGGCUAUGCCACCUCCGUCUCUAACACGAACGCCACAGAAGAAGAGAACGCCACGCAGCCCUAUUGGCCGGAGCCCUACGGUAGUCCCUCCCCUACGGACGGAGACGAGGAGUUUGUGAACGCCGUGGUUACGGAGUACGAGGACUCCUCCAACGAGCCGGGCUCUGCCAUGGACGUGCCCUCGGACACCUCCGUCACCCCAACCCGAUUUCCCCCCAUACUGCUGGAGCUACGCUGGCUACCCCCUCGACCACCCACCACGUACGACGGAUUUAACAUCUACGUCUACAGAGACGGCAACUCCACGGAGACGGCCGCGGUGGACGAGAACACUCACGAGUUCUUCACGGAGCUGACAGAACCGGGUACCUACCGAGUCCGGGUCACCACCCUGAGCUCUACAGGAGACUGUGAGGCCAGGGAGAGCACCGCCAAUACAGGGCUGACCUUCUAUCUCAGCCCCAGUGGAGAGGUGCUGGAGCAGCCCCAGGAGCGACCCCAGGGUGUCAGUAUCAGGCUGCUGGGCACCAGUACUGCUGCGGUGUCCUGGGCCCUGUCCUCUGAGAGCCACAACGGCAGCCUGGUGUCUGUCCUGUCUCUAACCUGCCUCCGGCCCAGCCUCGGCCAGCGCAUGGAGAGCACGUACUGCAGCGAGGUAAGACUGACUAACCAGCUGGGUCUACGUAGCUGUUUCAUAACCCUUUAUAACUAACCUGCUAGGUCUACG